CUAAAAAAAAGAUCUCCGGAAUAUUGUAGAAGCCUCUUACUGUUCCUAUCAGAAAUAAAGUGAAGAAGAUGCUAGAUUACACUCGAAUUGCUUGAGUUUCUCAGAUUCAUCGACUAUAAAUAUCACCAUACUUUCUUUGGUUUAUCAUCAGCAAGUAAUCAAGCACUAGAAUCAAAAGUUAAAAAAUCCUCUGUUUUCUUCAAACAACAAAGUUCCCAAAAAUGUCUCUGAUUCCAAGCUUCUUCGGUGGUCGCAAGAGUAACAUUUUCGACCCAUUUUCCCUUGACUUAUGGGAUCCAUUCCCAAUUUCAACCAAUGCUCCAUCCUCUGCUCGUGAAGUCUCUGCUUUUGCAAAUGCAAAAAUAGAUUGGAAAGAGACCCCAGAAGCUCACGUCUUCAAAGUGGACGUUCCGGGGAUAAAGAAAGAGGAAGUGAGAGUCGAAGUGGAAGAAGGAAGGAUUUUACAGAUUAGCGGUGAGAGAAGCAGAGAGCAAGAAGAGAAGAACGAUCAGUGGCACCGUAUGGAGAGGAGUAGCGGUAAGUUUUUAAGGAGAUUCAGACUGCCGGAGAAUACGAAGACGGGAGAAAUUAAGGCAGCGAUGGAGAAUGGGGUACUGACUGUGACUGUUCCAAAAGAAGAAGAGAAGAAGAAAUCUGAGGUGAAGGCCAUUGACAUUUCUGGUUAAACACAAGUGCAGAUCAAAAGUCGCUCUGUCAAUAAUGUCUGUUUCUCAAGUAUUUUGGUUUGUUGGAGAUUAAGCUUUUAAUUUGAAUUGUGUAUGUGUAAUUGUGGUCUUCUUCUACUUGCAUUUGUAAACAAGAAAAUGUUGUGAGAGUUUAAUUAAUGAAAAAUUUCUUUUUAAAAAACAAUAAAUGGAUGUCCACAUUAUUAUA